UUGGGAUCGUCGCAUUUCUGUGUUGGUUGUGGCCGUGAACGGCACCUCAAGUCCAAGGGCAAGGCGAGCUCCUCCAGUGAGACAUUUCUCGGCCCGAUUGAUAGCGAUUCCGAAGGAAGUUCAAGUCAUCUUUCAGAUAACACCGCAGUUCGAGGGUUCGCCUGACAAUGAGGAGCAGCCCAGUUUACCGGAUGGCGACUGUUCAGUCCGUCCUCGCUAUUUUCGUACUAAUCCUCGGCGGCGUCGCGUUCGCGGACGAGGAUUCCCUCAUGCCGGCGUCCGCGGAACCGUCGGGCGUCUCGGGUCCGGACUACACGGGUCCGUCCGCUGGAUCGGACGAGUGCGACCCGGAGAUGGUCGGCUUCGAGCUGGUCACCGGAUGGGUUUACACGGACCCCGCCAACAUGCUCGACUCCAUACCCGGGACGCUGAUGCUCACCGAUUGCCUCGAGACUUGUCAAGCGAACGAUUCCUGCCAAGCAGUCAACUAUGAAACGGGUCUCUGCGUGCUGUUCAGCUCGAAUGCGGAUAAUAAUCCAGGUGCGCUCUCGCAAUCCCAGUUUCCGGUCUUUACAAUCUACGCCCAGAAGAGCUGCUUGGGCGUGAAACCGUGCGAAAGAGCGUGGUGCAUCGACAGGGUGCAAGGUUAUCGUCUCCAGGGUCAUACAAAGCGUAGCGUGGCCGCAUCAUCAAGGCAGCAUUGCCUGGAGUUAUGCCUCGGAGAGAGAGAAUUCCUUUGUCGGUCUGCCAACUACGAGAACUCCACCAAGACUUGUGAGCUUUCCGAAAUGGACCGGUUGACUGUCGCUGGUUCCGGCUCCUUCCAAACAGCAAACGGCUUCGACUAUUUGGAAAACCAUUGCGUUGAAGAGCCAAUGAAGCUCUGCGAAUUCAAGAAGUUGACCGGUAGAAUCCUGAAAACGGUAGAUUCUGUUUACCAGGAUGUUGGGUCGGCCGACGAGUGUCGUGAACUUUGCCUCAAUUCGCCUUUCCGUUGUCACACCUACGACUACGGUGACACCGGUGACAUGGUGUGCCGCCUCAGUCAUCACUCUCGCGCAACCCUCACCGACAUUCAGGAACCUUACCUAGACGUACCCGAAGGAUCGAGCUACGAAUUGAGCUCCUGCUACAACGUAACGAUAGACUGCCAGGCCGGUCAAAUGGUCGCCCACAUCCAGACUACCAAGCUUUUCAACGGUAAAAUCUACGCCAAAGGCUCCCCAAAUUCUUGUGUCGAAGACGUGAAAUCUGAUCUCGAGUUCGAGCUGCGCAUGGCCUACGACGACCUUGAAUGCAACAUCCGUCAACAGGGUCUGGGCAGAUACAUGAACGACAUUGUCAUCCAGCACCACGACACUAUAGUGACAAGUUCCGAUCUUGGACUAGCCAUAACCUGUCUGUACGACCUGACCAACAAGACGGUGUCCAAUGAGGUUGACCUCGGCGUUCACGGCGAGAUCACUCCCGCCCUAUCGGAAGAGGUGAUCGUCGACUCGCCUAAUGUGGCGAUGAAGAUUACCGAUCGCAGUGGAAACGACGUCGUGCGCUCUGCCGAGGUUGGAGACCCCCUGGCCCUCAAGUUCCAGAUACUGAACCCCAACAGCCCGUACGAGAUCUUCGUUCGCGAAUUGGUUGCGAUGGACGGCGUCGACUCGAGCGAGAUCGUUCUUAUCGACGCACGCGGAUGUCCUACCGAUCAUUUGAUCAUGGGUCCACUCUACAAGUCAGCCACCACCGGCAAGAUUCUUUUAUCCCAUUUCGACGCCUUCAAGUUCCCGAGUUCCGAAGUGGUACAAUUCCGUGCCCUGGUGACCCCAUGCAUGCCGAGCUGUGAGCCAGUGCAGUGCGACCAGGAAGAAUCGACAGGUGAUCUGCGUUCCGUGAUCUCAUUCGGUCGUCGGCGCCGACGUGCAGCAUCCCAGUCGCGAGACGACCUCCUGGUGGUGCAGUCGAUCCAGAUAACCGAUAAGUUCGGGUUCGAGCGGGACGGUAAAACUGGUAACGCAACGGCGACGAAGGACACGAUCUUCGUCGAGUCGGAGGCUGUGAACGGCAUCUGCAUCAACCUGGGCGAAGCGAUAGUCGCCGGAACGGUAUUCCUCAUAGCUCAAAUAGCCAUCAUAGCGGCGUGGACCUUCACAUGGCAGCGACGUCGACAGAUUCUGAAACACCAGGAAGCGCUCUCGGUGUCCGUCUCGGUGCCGGGUAUGCACGCGGGCAUCCCUGGACGUGCGGACAGCCUUUGCAAGCUCUACGACGCUGGUUAUUCACGCCGGUUCUAACGGGGUGAGCAUGGAACUAAAAUGCGCCAUUGAUUUACCGCCUACUUAUCGAGCAGUAGCUGCCUUCCUGUGAAUGUCAUUGGUUACGCGAAUAUCGAGACUUGCAAUAGUAACUAUAGAGAGACGAUAAUUCGUCGGAAGAUUAUUAGGGUCAGGAUAGAUGAUUUUGUCCGAACGGGACGAGAAAGAUUGUCCCGCUCGAACAAAAGAACAGUAAUAAGUAAUUCGCGUUCAUUCUUCGUUCCCGAGUAAAUUUACUCGCGAAUGGACAAUGGGCCUGAUAUAAUAUCGUGAAACGAGAUCGCUUUUCGUCGUGUAAUAGGUACCACUUUGGAGCGAGUUGCAGAGAAUACUGGAUAACGCGUCGUUGCCCGCCUACUUCCAACGAUUUUUAAGGUCUUUUCAACGCUGACGUAUCGAGGCAUUCUUAUGUAACGAACCGUAACUGCAGUACUAUUUGGGUGCGCGGCCUGGCACCACGUUAAUUGUCAGUUUUUUCUUCCUUUCCCAUACCCAUCAGUUCGAUGCUGAUACCAGUCCUCAGAAAUGGAAAAGUAGAACGGUGUUUAUUCAGCGAACGCUUGUAUUUACCGACGAUUCGUCAUUAGGAUCACUUUUUCCGUCAAUGGUGAAUUUAUACGAAGAUGAUGGAGGAUCGACAACUCAAUUUAGUGAUAGGAAUCACCCUACACCAUUGGCAAAAUAAAAAAAAAUCACCCAGUUUCGAGCCAAAUUUGUAAUGUAUAAACGUACAGUACCAGA